CAUAUAUGUAUAGGCAAGGAGGGCGCUGAGAGCACUAAAGGGGCUUGUGAAACUUCAAGCGCUGGUUCGAGGGCGUAUAGUCCGGAAGCAAAGUGCAGAUAUGCUUCGUCGCAUGCAAGCAAUGGCUCGAAUACAGGCUCGAGCCUGCGCAAACCGAUCUUUACUCUCUGAUGCUUCUCACCCUCACAUCAGCAACACCUCAAAGAUCCAUCAUCGGGGCAGUUCAUCUCUUAGUAGAUUUGAGUACUUGCAGCAGCAGCAGCAGCAUUCAUGUAGUACUAUUGAUGGAUCUAACCUAAAGAGGUGUUAUUCAAAGUCAAACAAAGCCGAGAAUAUGAACAUGGGGAGAAUGGAUUCAGGCUCAAAGUGGUUAGAUCACUGGAUGGAAGAGUAUGCAAGGAACAAUUCACAUCUUCUUAACAUGGCAAGGGGGUAUGAUGAUGGUGAGAAGAGUGACAAGAUACUUGAGAUAGACAAUGGGCAAGCAUCAAGAACCUACUAUAACUCUAUGUCGUCAAGUAGUAAUCUGAAGAAGCCAAAUCCUGCCAGUCUAUCAUCAGGCGAAGUCUCAUCAUCUUCUCAAUCCGUUAAAUUCCCUCGUGAAGUGAAUCAAGAAGGGAAAUGGAUGGUUGAUCAGAGCCCAUCAGCUGCUUUCCAUUCUUCUUCUAAACAUGGAGGUAGCAGUAGAAGUCACAGAGGAGGAGGGGGAGGAAGAGGACCCUUUACUCCUAACCGGAGCAAGUGCACCCAAAGCCUGUGUUUCAGUGACUUCCCAAAUUACAUGGCUAAUACACAGUCAUUCUCGGCUAAGGUGAGGUCCCACAGUGCACCCAGACAAAGAAUGCAGCAGAAGUUGGUUACUGGUCGUUGUGACACGGACACGGUUUCAGAGAAGAGUUGGAGCAUACGUGGUAACUUCAUGGGCAAAGGUUAUGCAGGGUCUGGACGCAUGGUUAUGCAGACCCAUUUAAGUUCUUAGAGAAAAACACUGCUUCGAAUUGUGCUUGUUUAAUGACUUUUUACUGUCAAUGUUUUCUUCAGAUAGGAACUAUAUAAAUGUUGUUCUUGUAAAUGAUGGAAUAAGGUGUGUCACCCCUCCCCUUACUGCCUGUAUUAUCUCUUCAACAAUAUAUUAUGGAGUAUAAAGAUUGAAGCUUUGG